AGCAAAUUGAAAUAUCUUUCGUCCCUGAUUCAAUUGUUCCUAUUUUUCUCUAUUAGUAUUUAUUAAAUCUGCUUUAUGAAAUUUCCAAAUUAUACAUCAAAACUCAGGUUUGCAAGAGAUUUUUAUUUAUGUGAAUAUCGAAGAAUAAGAUUGACUACUUAAAGAUACAUAUUCAAGCAAAAUAUAUUAUAGUUGAGCGAUAAAACAGGUUUUUAAUUAUUUUCGGUGGUUUCAAUAUAGCACUUGUUUUAUUUUAGAGAAGCAAUUUCUUUUUCAUCGAUUUCUUUACAAAUAACAUUUUUAUAGAGGUUAUUCUUUCUUCAGAAAUGUAUAAACAACUUGGAAUAUUCCUGACAACCGUCCUUUUGUACUUUUACUUUGUCAGAUUGGACCCAACGAAUAAUGAUUAUCCAAAGGAGGAAUUGAAAACUGUCAUCUUUAAAAUUCUUCCUAUUCUUUCUUUAAUUUACAUGGUAUUUUCAACUAGACAAUUCAGAAAGGUCAAGAAGCUACCUUUUGAUUAUCAAAAUUUAAUUUUGAUGGGAUUAAUCUUCUCGCUGAUGGGUGACAUUUGCCUCGUCUGGCGUAUAAAAUUAUUUAUCCCAGGUAUCUGUUUGUUUGCGAUUGGUCAUUUGUUUUACAUUGGGGCCCAAGGUUGGAAACCAAAAGGGUAUAUUAUUGGGCUUGUUCUUUCUCUUGGACUAUUCAUCAUGGGAUCUUUUGUAAUCAGCUAUAUGAAAGCCCCAGCUGAGCAAGUUGCGACUUCAGGUUACAUGGUUCUUAUAUUUGUGCACUUCUGGAGGGCGGCCAUAAGGACCGUUUACUUUCCCUCAGGGGCAGCGAAUUUGGUUCUGCUUGGAAUAACUGUGUUUGUUAUUUCGGAUUACCUUAUCGUUUUCGAUCAAUUCGUCUGGAAAGUUGAGAAUGCGUCAUUAUACAUAAUGAUUACGUACUACUUGUCUCAAUUAUGCAUCGCUUGUUCAGCAUAUGGCGAUAAUUCUCAUACUCACGGAAAGACGAGAAGUCACACAAGAAAAGUCCGAUAA